AUGGCCUCAAUUGCUCGGUCUCUGCGCAUCGCCGCCCCCCUAACAAGGGCUAUCGCUCCUCGCGUUCCCAUCCGAGCUUUCUCCACCACCAAAUUGAGCCUCGCUCGCAGAUACACAAAAGACCACGAAUGGAUCGAUCUCUCGGCCGAUAAAAAGCACGGUUUCGUUGGAAUCUCAGAGUACGCUGCCGAGCAGCUCGGUGACGUAGUCUACGUCGAGCUCCCCGAAGCCGGUACGUGGGUUGAGCAAGGCGACGCUGUCGGCGCCGUCGAGUCAGUCAAGUCUGCUAGCGACAUCAACGCUCCUGUUCGUCUGCGCGUUCUUCAAGUCAACGACAAUCUCGAAGAGAAGCCCUCCACGAUUAACAAGGUUCCCGAGGACGAUAGCGCUGGUGGUGGUUGGAUUGCCAAAGUCGAGGUUGAUGAGGAGGGUGCCAAGCAGUUUGAGAAGUUAUUGGAUGCCGAGGCUUACAAGACUUUUGCUGGAGCCGAUUAA